AUGAUGUCCAGAUCGGGCGGUGUUGUUAGAAUUCUACUUGUUGGAGAACCUCUUGUCGGAAAGACCACUCUUGUGUUAUCUCUCGUGAGUGAGGAAUUUUCCCCCGAGGUUCCGGCUCUCUCUAAUGAGAUUACUAUACCUGCUUCUGUGACUCCCGAGCAAGUUCCAACCGAGAUAGUUGAUUUUUCGGCUCGUAUUCAAUCUCAUGACCAACUUAUUCAUGAAAUUCGACUAGCCUCUGUCGUAUGUCUUGUAUAUGCCCUUGAUGAUGAUAAUUUUCUUCACCAUAUCACUUCUAAGUGGUUACCUUUGAUUCGAUCUUGUUAUACUGAAAAUGAACAAAGAGUUCCAGUUGUUCUUGUCGGCAACAAACUUGAUCUGGUAUCAACAAGCAAAAUGGAGGUCGUACUCCCGCUCAUGGAAAAUUUUCCAGAGAUUGAAACUUGCAUCGAAUGUUCGGCAAAAUCUCUUCGCAAUCUCGGUGAAACCUUCUGGUUUGCUCAGAAGGCAGUGCUAUAUCCAACUUCACCUCUGUAUAACGCUGAAAUUAAGGAACUAACACCUGAGUGUGUUUGCGCUCUAUCGCGAAUAUUUCGCAUCUGUGAUGUUGACAAUGACGGCUAUUUAUCGGACAAGGAGUUGGAAGCCUUUCAGGAACGGUGCUUCGGUAUUCCCUUAACUUCUCAAUCCCUUACGGAUGUGAAACAGCUCAUUCGCAAUUCUACCGCUGGUGGGGUAACGGUUAAUGGGGUUACUCUCAAAGGUUCGUUCUGA